CCAAAGUGAUUCUCAGAAGUUGAAAAACCUAAACAAUCCUAAGUAGUCGUUCAGUUCCUCCUACUGUACGAGCUGAAAGACUGUGAAUACUUCUGAACAUCAGCACGACAGAGACAAUGGACAGAAUUACUAGCUCAGCAUCACCUCUUACUGAGAAUGGGGAGUCUUUGAGAGGCACCAACAUUAACAGUAUAUCCCGCAGUAUACGUACCAUGAGAAAUGUGUCCAUUCAAAUUACUAAUUUCACAGACAGGUACACCUUAUCAAACCCAAGGACCUACACUAGCAGUGGAUAUUGUCUUAAUCCUCCUCAGCCUACAGUAGCAAGAAAGACCAGUGAAGCCUGCUCCUUUACCAAAACACGCUUUUCACCACAUGGUUGUUUUGGAGUCCUGGCAUACGAGAUCCUUAAAGAUGAAGAGGACUUUGUCGGGGAUCUUGUUAUAAUGUUCUCUGUGCCUUAUGACUAUAUUCGGUAUAAAAACUAUUUAGCGCUUGGUAUUUAUGAAAACCAAGUUUCAUGUGAUUCUGAUCUGCUUCAUAAAAUGUAUAAACUGACAGGUACAUUCACCAGGAAAAGGGCUACAGGAAGUGAAGUCAUGUAUUCUGGACAAGGAAUUUGUGUGAAGGGAACAAUGUCCCCUGCAGGCAAAUCAAUAAUGAAAGUUGAAUUUCGAGAUUUGUAAUCACCAAAACAGACAUAAGCAAAACACAGCAGAUUCAACAUCUGGGGGUCAGUGAAGGAUGAUUGAAUAUGUCUAUGAACUAAUGCACUCCUACUGAUGAUAUGUCUGAGUAUAUAACAAAUCAUGACAAUUAAGGAAAGAGAGUAAAGGGAUCAUACCAGGGAAAGCUGAAUUAAAAAUAACAAACUCAAUGCAGAUGAACACAGAUUCAGUAGCAGCGGGAAUGUAAGACCAUGUUAUCGUUCUGCAUAAAUAUAAUGAUGGAUGAACACUAGUUCAGAAAGGUUUAUAGCACUGUUGAUGAUUAAGGCACAUAUCUGCAGAAAUAUGAAUUUGUCUUUACAUUUUUUUCUAUUACUUUCAGUAAUGUUUUUGCAGUUUUUGCAGUUUUCUAGAUAAAAUGAAAGAUUGUUAAAGUAAAAAAUAUUGAUACUAUGAAUUUUCAUUAUUAUGAUUCUUUCAAAGCUUAGUACUUAAUCCCAUCAAGCAUCGCUUAAAACACAAUAUCUGGUUUUUAAUAGCUGUCAUAUUGACUUUUUUUGUUGUCUUUUGUGCAUACUUCAUCACCGUACAUAGCAUUUAAACUUAAUUUUUCAAUUUGUUUGUAUAUUUUUACUUCAUUGUUUAAAAAUUAGAUGAAGUGUCUCUGUACUUUUUUAAUUUACUACAACUACAUGAUUAGAAAAAUAAAAUGGAAUUGGUUAAAGCAUUUAAACAAUCCAGUAAUUAAUAGAAUGUCUGUUUUGUUUGAUCAUUUUGUUUAUUUGUUUGUUUUUUUAUGGUAAUCUGUGUUUUUAUUGCCCUCCCUGAGUGUUGGGCCUGUCUAUGUUGGCUGUUUCUGUAUGUGAAUGUUUCUUUGUUUGAUUUUAUGUAUAGCACUUUGAGUUGUGUAUAGAGAAGUGUGUUAUAGAUAUGAGUAAUUCUGAGAAAAAAAUACACUAUUAUGUACAAUC